GAUUUCAGUAGUGUUUCCUGGGGGGGAAAAAAUUCUGCUUUUUUUUUGACAAAUGAGUUGAAGACCUUUCUGAAGGUGUGUGGGUUCCAUGCUGAUAAGGGGACUUCCGUCUGUCAUAUAAACCAGCAUGGAGCCCCAGGCAGGCAUCUUAUCGGAAGGAAAGAUGAGAAACGCGCUGCUGUGGAUCGGCUUGGCCGUUUUGCUGCAGUUGCAGCUGGGCUCUGCCUACAAACUUGUGUGCUACUUCACUAACUGGGCCCAGUAUAGGCCAGAACCUGCCAAGUACUUCCCAAACAAUGUGGACCCCCAUUUAUGCACCCACUUGAUGUACGCCUUUGCAACGAUGAAUGAAAAUAAGAUUGCACCCUAUGAAUGGAACGAUGAGGACAGACUCUUUCCAGCAUUUCAAGCACUAAAGACAAGCAAUGACAAGCUGGUCACCCUGCUGGCCAUCGGCGGGUGGAACUUUGGCACUCAAAAGUUCACUCAAAUGGUGGCAUCACAAGCAAAUCGUAAGACCUUCAUUGACUCCGUGAUUGCGUACCUCCGCAAAUUUGGGUUUGAUGGGAUCGACUUGGAUUUCGAAUACCCGGGUUCCCGAGGCAGCCCCCCUGAAGACAAGCAUCGCUUCACCAUCUUGAUUCAAGAAAUGCUGGAAGCCUUCACAGCUGAAGCUGCAAGUGCCAACAAGCCACGUCUAUUGAUUACAGCAGCAGUAUCUGCUGGGAAAGCAACUAUUGAUGCUGGCUAUGAGAUUGCUGAGAUAGGGGGGCUCCUGGAUUUCAUCAGCGUGAUGACCUAUGAUUUCCAUGGAGGCUGGGAUCCAGUCACAGGACACAACAGUCCCUUGUAUCAAGGCUGCAAGGACCAGGGUGACUUCAAGUUUUUCAACUGCAAAUAUGCCAUGGAGUACUGGAAGAACAAUGGCGCCCCACCUGAGAAGCUCAUCAUGGGUUUCCCCACCUAUGGGCGCACCUUCAGGAUCAGUGGCACGGACCGUUGUGUUGGAGCUCCUGCAUCUGGGGCAGGCUCUUCUGGGCCCUACACCCGGGAAGCUGGCUUUUGGGCAUAUUAUGAGAUUUGCACCUUCCUGAAGACCGCUCAAGUACGUUGGAUGUGUGACCAGCAAGUCCCAUAUGCCUAUAAAGAUAAUGAGUGGGUUGGAUUUGACAAUCUCUGCAGCUACCGACACAAAGUCCAAUACUUGAAGGAUAACAAUUUUGGAGGAGCCAUGGUCUGGGCAAUUGACUUGGAUGAUUUCCUGGGCACUUUCUGCAAUGAAGGAAAAUAUCCUCUGAUAAGUGAGCUGAAGAGACUCCUUGAAAUGAAUGAGCCAAUUGAUCUAAACUGCCAUGAAGACAUCCCUGAUGAUGACUGUGGUUCAUGUGGCACUGUUUCACCUGAUCCAACUGAUCCUUCUUCACCUACAACAACACUUCCACCACCUACACCUGAGAAACCAACAGUCAAUCCUGGUGAUAAGACAUUUUGCAGUGAUAAACAAGAUGGCAUAUAUGCUGACCCUGCAGAUCAGGCAUCCUUCUACCAAUGUGCUGCAGGCACUUCUUACCACUUCACGUGUGCAGGUAGCCUGGUCUAUGAUGAGAUCUGCAAGUGCUGCAACUAUCCCUAAUAUUAACACCAGCCCCCAAGGUUGCAACGUUGGUAACCUCACGAGUCCCUCUGGAAUCCCCCUAUCUUUAUAAAUAAAGCCAGCAGGCAGGGAU